ACAUCCGCGCCGGGGUCUCCGGUCCCGCGUGGCUAUGGGCCGGGUGGGACUGGCAAGGGUCGGCACCUCUUCCCCUCACGCCGAGUCCGCGGCGCGCGCGAGCUAGCCUCUGCGUGCCCCGGCCUGUGUCCCCAUCUCGGGGGCGUCCUCUGCCGGGUGUCCGCCGUGGGUGGGGGUGCCGGCCUCUGCCUGGAAAUUGACUUGCUGAGUCACUCUGCAGUUUCGCCGGGGCAGCUGGUUGACCCCAAAUCCGUUACAUUAAAAGUGUUUAUUGGGCCCUGCUGUGUAGGGGAUGGUUCUGGAGGACACGUGCAGGAGGCUGGAUUUCAACCCCAGCGAAUAUGAUCUGAAGUUUCAGAGGAACGUGCUUGACCUCUCUCUGCAGUGGAGGUUCGCCAACCUGCCCAAUAACGCCAAGCUGGAGAUGGUGCCUGCGUCCCGCAGCCGCGAGGGGCCCCAGAACACGCCCACAUCUCACCUCCUCAGAUUCGCAUCGCUCUGCAGCUGGAUGAUGGCUCCAGGUUGCAAGAUACUUUUUGCUCGGGCCAGACGCUCUGGGAGCUUCUCAACCAUUUUGCGCAGACGAGAGGCGAGAGUCCCAGAGCAUUUGGCGUGCAGCGCUUGGCAGGAGCCAUUGGAGGCAGCACAGCGCCCGGGCCUACGGUUGCUCAGGGAGUGCCUGGAACAGCCUUGUGAAGCCAGCCCGGUCUGCGUGUCCAUGAGGGAUGAGGUGACUGGCAGAGCCGCCUUGCAGAGCACGACGCUGCAGUCACUGGGCCUGACCGGGGGCAGCGCCAUCAUCAGGUUUGCCAUGAGGCGAUGCAACUCGGCCAUCAAGCAGGAACCUGGGGGCUCCUGGAGUGAAAGCCCAGGGAGCCCGACCCCCUCCCUGUCAGCCGAGCAGGCAGCCAGCAGCCCUCUGCUGCCAUUGAGCCCCACAGGACUCAGCCAGGGUGAUGUGAGCCGUCAGGACCAGGCAGACGCCUCAGGGGCCAGCCACGUGGAUGGCCUGGGCCCAGAGCCUGCAUCCGCACAGGCAAAGCAGAUCUCAAAGCAGCCCACCCCUACCUGCUUUGUGCCUUUUUCUGGCGGGGGACAGCGCCUGGGUGGCCCCUCCAGCUCUGCGAGGUGUCUGAUGUCACCUUCAGCCAAAUUGCCAAAGUCCUUCUCCAGCCCCGGAGGCCCCUCCAAGCCGAAGAAGUUGAGGCCUGGCCAGGCUCCCCAGCUGGAACCGGAGCUGCCGGUCGACCGGGACCCCAUGGUGUGCCACCCUGACCUGGAGGAGCUGCUGCAGGCCUGGCCUGCGGAGCUGCCGGACGAGUUCUUCGAGGUGACUGUGGAUGACGUGAGAAGACGCUUGGCCCAGCUCAAGAGUGAGCGGGCGCGUCUGGAAGAAGCCCCCUUGGUGACCAGGGCCUUCAGGGAGGCUCAGAUGAAGGAGAAGCUGGAGCGAUACCCUAAGGUGGCCCUGCGGGUCUUGUUCCCUGACCGCUACGUCCUACAAGGAUUCUUCCGCCCCAGCGAGACAGUGGGGGACUUGCGGGACUUCGUGAGGAGCCACCUGGGGAACCCGGAGCUGCCGUUCCACCUGUUCAUCACUCCUCCAAAAACCACCCUGGAUGACCACACGCUGACCCUCUUCCAGGCAAACCUCUUCCCUGCUGCUGUCGUGCACUUUGGAGCUGAGGAGCCUACAGGCCUCUACCUGGAGCCCAGGCUGCUGGAACACACUGUUUCCCCAUCUGCAGCCGAUGUGCUGGUGGCCAGGUGCAUGUCCAGGGCCUCCGCGACUCCACCCCCGCCGCCAGCCCCUGACCCUGCGCCCCAGCCAGCUGCUGAGGAGGGGGCAGUGGGGCCCCUUGAGCCCAGCCCCAGGGCGGCCCAACCCAUGAGGAGGGAUCUGGGCAAGGUGCCCAAGUGGCUGAAGCUGCCAGCCAGCAAGCGGUGAGAGCUGCCAGCCCAGAGGGCCCACUGCUGGCAACAGGAGGACCCUUCCCCACCCUGAGCGGGAAUAAAGUCGAGCGCUUCUCCUCA